AUGUUCGGAAAAAACUUUCGACAGCCGAAUGAGAAUAUUUCAGGUUUGGCCGGGAAAACACCACUGGAGGAGGCAUUAAUAGAUUCGGUAGCCGACGGUCACAAAGAUUUCGUUUAUGAAUGUCGGCCGUUCUUUCUGAUUAUGACAGGAUUUACGAAGGGCGAUAAGGAUGCAAUCUACAAGGACGUCGUGGUGCCGGCCAGAAAUAAAUAUUUGGUAGCGUUGGAGAGGUUUUUAGCGAAAGCCGAAAGUGGUUUCUUGGUCGGUAAAUCGUUGACGUGGAUCGACUUGGUGAUUUCAGAGGAUCUAGCCACAUGGGAUCAAAUAAAUCCCACGUUCCUGCAUGGCCAUCCAAAACUGAAGAAAUACAUUCAAGCAAUUCGUGCACUACCCAAAGUUAAAGAGUGGAUCGAGAAACGUCCACAUGCAGUCAUUUAG